AACAACUUGCUUCGAGAUCACACUCCAUAUUUUCACAAAUACCUUAGAACUCAAUUCGCCUGUGAUUCCUACCUGACUAUAGCAAAACACCUUCCGUACUACGGAUACUUCGUACGGAUAACCAUGUCAGAACGCCACCGAGAUGAGUCGGCGCCACUUCUCCCCAAUCUUCACCACACCGGCAGCAUGAUCGCGCACGAGGGCGAGAGCGGCCGGAGCGGCUUCCAUCCGCGGCACUUCGUGUCGGUGCUCUGGCGCAGCUCCAGCAAGGUGUCGAUGUUGGUCAACGUCCUCUGGCCCUUUGUCCCCGUGGCCAUUGUCUUGCGUUUCGUCACGCACGCGCACCUGUACAUCUUCGCCACGAGCUACAUCGCCAUGGUGCCCGCCGCCAACCUGCUCGGCUUCGCCGGUCAGGAGUUUGCCCGCAAGAUGCCCAAGGUGGCCGGCAUCCUGAUCGAGACGACGUUUGGCUCCCUGGUCGAGAUCAUCCUCUUUGUCGUGCUCAUCGCCAACCACGAAGAAGAUGCAUCCAAGGGCAGCAGCGACGAGGGCAAUCUGAUCCCCGUCAUCCAAGCCGCCAUCCUGGGCUCCAUCCUCACCAACCUGCUGCUCUGCCUCGGCCUUUGCUUCUUUUUUGGCGGCAUCCGCCACGCCAGCCAGAAGUUCCACGCCAUCGUGUCCGAGGUCGGCUCGGGUCUGUUGUUGGUUGCCGCCUUUGGGCUGUUGAUUCCGAGUGCCUUUUAUUCUGCUCUCAAGUCCGAGGCUCUUCCUGACCUUUUCCUUCAACCGCCUCGGCCGGGAGCCCUGCUGCACGACGACUUCACAAAGGGCAAGCUGCAGACCGAUGUGUUGCAGAUCAGCCGCGUCGCGUCCCUCGCGCUGAUAUUUGCCUUCGGUCUGUACAUCUGGUUCUGCGCUAGCAGCCAGCACAGUCUGUUUGACGAGGUCAUUGAGAUGGACGAGCACCGCGACGCCGACCGCGACGAAGACCUGCAGAAACCCAAGUUCACCAUGACCGAGACCAUGGUCGCCCUGGCCGUGUCGCUGGUCUGCGUGACCCUGCUCCUGAUUUUUUUGGUCGACGAGAUCGAGCAUGUCGUCCGGAGCGGCGUGCCCGAUCAGUUCUUGGGCUUGAUCCUGUUGCCGCUUGUGGAAAAGGCCGCUGAGCAUCUGACUGCUAUUGACGAAGCGUGGGAUGGCAUGAUCAACGUUGCCCUGUACCACUGUCUCGGCCCCUCGAUCCAGACGGCGCUUUUCAACGCCCCGCUCGUCGUCAUUGUCGCUUGGAUCAUGGGCAAGCCGCUGGACCUCAACUUUGAGAUCUUCAUGAUUGGCCUUCUUGUCUUGUCCAUUCUCGUGGUCGGGAACUUUCUCCGCGACGGCGAAUCCAACUGGCUCGAAGGCGCACUCCUUGUGAUUGUCUACAUCAUCAUAGCCAUUGCAUGCUGGUACUAUCCGGACCCCGAUGUGGCAACCUCCAAUGGGUUGGAACAGCCAGCCGUGGUCAAGGUCACCAUGACCAAGGAUCUUCUUGACCAGCUCCAGCAGCUCUUGAGGUCGGGAGAGCCUUGAAUACCCAUGGACCAUGUUCCACCAAAUCUCACCGGAAAGCAAUUGCAGACAGGCAGCAUUCAUAUUGGCAAGUGGUUGCCUGUAAUUAUCCUGAGGCUACGGGUGCCUAGUCUCUAUUCUCCACGAGGCAUGUGACGAGAUUAAGGUAGCCAUUCACAUAUGAGGAAAGGAAAUUCAAGAGUAAAGAAGCUUUGCACUUGACCCUCGAAAGUUGGGACAAGAAAGGUUUAGAUAUAGAGCCAAUCUAUGCGCGCUGACACAGGCGAAACCUGGACAUAAUCAGAAGAGAAACCGU